GAUUGUUUUUUAGAACUUAAAAGGUUGAAAGUUGAACCAAAGAGUAAGAAAGACCGAAGGGGCAAGCAAUAUGCAAUGAAUUCAAUUUCUGAUUUCUGAUGAAGAAAAGAGAAAGAGAAAAGAAAGGGUGAGUGGGGUGCACUGCAAAUCGAGGUGUGCCCUCAAACCGCGCCGAUUCGAACGGUCAACUUUCUCACGACACAAACAUGGCCGAGACAUCCUCGGAGGAGAAGUUGAGUGUCGUGAACGACAACAACCAUAAAAGUACAAAUAAUAUCCCAAUUGAGAUCGUGAGUGAUGAAGAAAUGGCUCUCAUUGAAGCUGCUUUUGCUUUAGCUUCUUCCUCUUCUGCUCGCUCUCUUUCUCUUUCUGCUUCCAUUCGAUCUUCUUCUUCACCUUCUCCUCCUUCUCCCCUUCUUCACACCAACGCUCUUUCCAUCAAAUCAAUCACUCUUCUCGCCAAGCGAAGGUUAUCAACUGAAACUAGCAAUGGCAAUGGCAAUGGCAAUGUUAACCACCCUGAUAUUGAAGACCUCUUGCCCAAGAAAACAAGGCUCCAUGAUUCAUUUCUCCACCGAUAUAGAAGGAGCCGAGGCUUGUCCGUCACUGAUCUCACUGCCGCGGAAUGGUGCGAGAAACAGAAGGAAUUCUCUCUUACCCGCGGUGGCCGGAGGACCACCAAGGCAAUGAGAGCUGGUAUUGCUAGACAUGUGGAGCUUGAAGAAGAGGUUAUGAAACGGGUGGCGGUGAAGAUCGCCACGAAAGAAGAUGGUUGGGCCCUGAAGUUUCUUAAUUUUAUUCAUGGUGUGAAUCAAUUAUUGUUUACAGGGUUAACUCGCGAACUGCCAAUAAUAGCAUAUAUAGGCAAUGUAUGGAUGGUGGGAGUGAUUGAUGAGAUUCAGAUGCCAUUAACAAAAGAACAUCAUAAUCCAAUAUUAAUUGACACCAAAACUCGUGUUCGAGAUACACUUCCUUCUGAAGCGCAACGAAGAAACGGAAGGUUUCAACUGAUGUGUUACAAGUACUUGUGGGACAAUACAAUCGCCAAUGAUUUCCCUUCUGGAAAGUUUUUCACUUAUUUUAGCUUAAACCCUCACCAUAUUCUUGCCGAAGAUCUGCAAGUGACAAUUGCUGGCUCCGAUUUCUGUGUAUCUGCAAGUGACAAGAAUCUGACCCUUGAUGAUAUGGUGAGAUAUUACACAAACACCUUGAAGAUGCUAGCCCCUGCUCAUGAUCAGCUUCUGUUAAGAUAUGAGUAUCAAGAAGAUAAGUCAUUGCUGGCGGAAGAUAAAUUUGAGUAUGAUUCUGAAUGGUUAAAGAAUCAGAUUCAAAGUUGUCUUGAGUUUUGGCAUGGACAACGAGAGGCAAGCUAUGCACCUGAAGAUGAGCGCUGGAAAUGUCGAUACUGUCAAUUUGCCAGAGACUGCGAAGGAUAUGCUGAGAGUAUGACACCAAAGGAAGAUUCAAAUGAUGAUACCUGCGUCACUCACCGAGAAGACAUUUCUUCUCAAAUCAGCUCAUAAUAUUCGACCAGGCUGAUGAUAUAAGCCUAGGCCUAGUGUUAAAGUUGUUUAAUUUAUUUAUUUAUCAACAAGCUUUGUUGUUGUAUGCAUGUCUGUUAAUUAUUUGACAACCAAAUUAUCAUUCUCAUGUAUAGUGUUAAAUUGAUUGAGAUAGUGGUACACUGAAAAGCAUACGAAACACCAAUGUGCUGUCUUUGGUUGCAUAUCUAUAUCGAAUGUAUCGAAUGAAUUUUUUAUUGA